AUGGUCAACCUAGAAACAACAAUUUUUAUUAUCCCUGGCUUAUGGGAACGAGAACUGAAUCCAGAUCUUCCAGACGACUAUUUCAAACCACCGACAGAUACAAAGGCGGAUAAUAUCUAUGUGUCCAAGGGGGUACUCAUAGGUAUUGGCGGCACAGCAUAUAUCGAACGCCCUCCCUCUGGAGAAGUGAUUAAAACGCCAAUACCAGACCCGGAUCCUCGUUCCUUUCGGGAACAUUGUGGGAACAUGCGCCUUGAAGCUCAGGUCUAUGAGAUGCUUGGUGACCAGCCAUGUAUACCGAAACUAUUAAGCUGGGACCCUAAGACGUGUUGCAUCAGGAUGGAGUACAUGCCUCGGGGCAACCUGAAGGAAUAUAUGCACCAAAACCAGGGGAAGAUAUCUGAUGCGCUUCGUCUUCGAUGGGGUAAACAGGCCGCAGAAGGAGUAGAUCUCCUUCAUUCCCACGAUAUACUCCACUGCGAUAUUUCUCCUAGGAAUUUCCUACUGGAUGAUAACUUGGACCUAAAAAUAUCGGAUUUCGGCGGCGUAUCUGUCUCUGGUGCGGAGCCAACUGCUGCUGCUGGAACGAGAUUUAGAUGGCCAGUCAUGGACUGGGGUAUUCCUCCCACCGUUGAGGACGAUAUCUUCAGCCUUGGGUCUUUGAUUUACUUUAUUAUGACCGGAGUGUAUCCUUAUAAGGAUACACCUAGUGACGAGGUUGAAAAGUUAUACAUGAGCAAACAAUUCCCUGAUCGACAAAUAACGGCCAAAGCAGCAUUCGCCUCCUUGGAAUAUCUUGGAUGCCAGCAUAAUUCUGGAAAUACAACAAGUUUAUGA